AUGGUAAAACGUAAGCUUUUUAAAACUUUGGAAAACUUAACAGAGGAUGAGUUUAAGAAGUUCAAGUGGUUUCUGGAGCAGGAUGACGUCCUGGAGGGCUUCGAAGGCAUCCCAAAGGCUCAUCUGGAGGAUGCAGCAAGGACACAGACAGUGGAUCUGAUGGUACAGAAACAUCAGGAUCAUGGAGCUCUGCAGCUAACCAAGACGGUUUUAGAAGAUAUCAGCAGGAAUGAUCUGGUGCAGAGUUUACAAAACCUCCAACAAGGACCAAAAGGACCAACAGAUGCAUCUCCAGGCUCAGCAGUCCUGUCCCCCCAUGGUACUGAACCAGCCCCACUUCCAACUGAAGAAAGAGCAACUAGUGGUCAGCAGGAAGAUUUAGAUACACAUAAGGAAACUCUGAUAAGUAAAUCUCAGCAAGUGAAUGAAGGACCUGAAGAACCAGGAAAUGAAACCCUCCUCAACGAUAACUACACUGAGGUCUUCAUCACAGAGGGAAAGAGUGAAGAGGAUAAUGCUCAACAUGAAGUGAAACAGCUUGAGAUAACUUCCAAGACAAAGUCCCUCCAUGACACUUCAAUCAAGUGCUACGACAUCUUUAAACCCUUACCCAACCAGAAGAAACGCAUCAGAACUGUUCUGACGAGUGGCGUCGCUGGCGUUGGAAAAUCCUUCUCAGUGCAGAAGUUCACUCUGGACUGGGCAGACGGCUCCAAAAACCAAGAUAUCAGUCUGCUGAUUCCACUUCCAUUCAGAGAGCUGAACAUGAUCAAAGAUGAGCCGCACAGUCUGCUCACACUGAUCCGUGCUUUUUAUCCAACAUUAGAGAACGUCACGGCAGAGAUGCUCAAAUCUAAAGGCCCUAAAGUUUCAUUCAUCCUUGACGGCCUGGAUGAAAGCAGACUGUCACUGGAUUUCAAGAACAGGAAUGAGGUCAUGUCUGAUGUCACAAAGGAGUCAUCAGUCAGCGUGCUGCUGAGAAACCUCAUCGAGGGGAAUCUGCUUCCACGGGCUCUCGUCUGGAUAACUUCCCGACCUUCUGCAACCAAUCAGAUUCCUCGUAAAUGUUUUGACAGGAUAACAGAAGUACGAGGCUUCACUGACCCCCAGCAGGAGGAAUAUUUCAGGAAGAGAUUCAGUGAUGAAGAGCAGUCCAGCAGAAUCAUCUCACACAUCAAGACAUCCAGGAGCCUUCACACCAUGUGUACCAUCCCAGUCUUCUGCUGGAUCACUGCGAGAGUUUUGAAGCUCAUGUUGACUCCAGACCAGAGAGUAGAGCUGCCUGAGACCCUGACUGACCUGUACUCACACUUCCUGCUGGUUCAGACAAAGAGGAAGAAGAACAAGUAUGACGGGGGACCUGAGACGAGUCCACAGGAGCUGACGGAGGCCGAUGGGAAACUUCUUCUGAAGCUGGGGAGGCUGGCAUUUGAAUAUCUGGAGAAAGGAAACAUCAUGUUCUACCAAAAAGACCUGGAGCAGUGUGGACUUGAUGUCACAGAGGCCGCAGUGUUGUCAGGAUUUUUUACAGAGAUUUUCAAAACAGAGAAAGUGAUCUUCAAGAAAAAAGUCUACAGCUUUGUUCAUCUGAGUGUUCAGGAGUUUCUGGCUGCAGUCUACAUUUACCACUGUUUUUCCAACAGUAAGGCAGAGGUACUGGAGGACUUCCUGGGAAAAGCCUUCAGUAACUCAUUACUGGAUGACUUCCGGGGAGAAGACUACAGCUACUCAUCACUGGAUGACUUCCUGAUGAGAGCCAUGGAGAAAUCUCUCCAAAGUAAAAAUGGCCACCUGGACCUAUUUGUCCGCUUCCUUCAUGGCCUCUCUCUGGAGUUCAACCAGAGUCUCUUAGGAGACCUGCUGGGGUGGAAAGAGAACAGUCCAGAAACCAUCCAGAGUGCUAUCAACAACCUGAAGAAGAUGGAAAGUGGGGAUAAUUUUAGUAUUUAUGGCACUAGAAGAAGGAAAAAUAUCUCUCCUGACAGAAGCAUCAACAUCUUCCACUGUCUGAUGGAGAUGAACGACCGCUCAGUACAUCAGGAUAUCCAAGAGUUCCUGAAGUCAAAGAACAGACCAAAGAAGAAACUCUCUGAUAUCCACUGUUCAGCUCUGGCCUACAUGCUGCAGAUGUCAGAGGAGGUUCUGGAUGAGUUGGACCUGAAGAAGUACAACACAUCAUGGGAGGGACGAUGGAGACUGAUCCCAGCUGUGAGGAACUGCAGAAAGGCUCUACUUUCUGACUGUAGACUCUCAGAGACUCACUGUGAAAUUGUGGCCUCAGCUCUGAAGUCCAAUCCUCAUCUGACAGAUCUGGACCUGACUCUCAACCACCUGUCUGAUUCAGGAGUAGAGCGUCUGUCUGCUGGACUGGAGAGUCCAAACUGUAGACUGAAGACUGUGAGAUUGGAGCGGUGCUGGUUGUCAGAGAUCAGCUGUGCUUCUCUGGUCUCAGCUCUGAAGGCCAACUCCUCCCAUCUCACAGAUCUGGAUCUGAGUAGAAAUGAGCUUCAUGAUUCAGGACUGAAACUGCUCUGUGAUUUACUGAAAGGUCCAGACUGUAUACUGAAGACUCUGAGAUUGAGGAGCUGCAGUUUGUCAGAGAACAGCGGUGCUUCUCUGGUCUCAGCUCUGAAGGACAACCCCUCCCAUCUGAGAGAGCUGGAUCUGAGUGGAAAUGAGCUUCAGGAUUCAGGACUGAAUCAUCUGUGUGAUUUUCUGAAGAGUCCACAUUGUGGACUGAAUACUCUGGGACUGUUUCGCUGCAAGUUGUCAGAGAUCAGCUGUGCUUCUCUGGUAUCAGCUCUGAAGGACAACCCCUCCCAUCUGACAGAGUUGGAUCUGAGUUUCAACAACCUGCAGGAUUCAGGACUGAAGCUGCUGUGUGAUUUACUGAAGAGUCCAGACUCUAAACUGGAGACUCUGAGAUUGGAUGGCUGUAGCUUGUCAGAGAUCAGCUGUGCUUCUCUGGCCUCAGCUCUGAAGGACAACCCCUCCCAUCUGACAAAGCUGGAUCUGAGAGGAAACAAGCUGAAUGAUUCAGACGUGAAGCAGCUGUCUGAUCUUCAGCAGAGUCCAGACUGCAGACUGGAGACUCUGAGAUUGGAGAGCUGCAGUUUGUCAGAGACCAGCUGUGCUUCUCUGACUUCAGCUCUGAAGGACAACCCCUCCCAUCUGAGAGAGCUGGAUCUGGGUGGAAACAACACACUGAAGGAUUCAGGACUGAAACAGCUGUCUGAUUUUCUGAACAGUCCAGACUAUGAGAAGAACCUCCGCUUCUCCUCGGUGCUCCUCCUGCUGCACGGCGGCUCUUCCUCCCUCAGCCAGGCCGCUGUAGGGCACCGCAGGGCGGGGAAGGAGCGUCGCAGGACGGGGUGCCGGUGGAGCGGAUUUGUGGAGCUCUGGAGCUCCGGCAGCGUCCUCCUCUCUCAUGCUGCGUGCUGA